GUAACCAUGUAAUCAAAGAUGGCGGCACUUGAUCGUCUGAACAUUCUGCAACAAGAUCAUCCAUAAAAGCGCAGUUUUCUGACGCAGGCCGAAAUUUCAGAAUGUAUUGGUGAGAGCGUCCGCCCGAAUAUGUUGAGUAUUCCUGACUGGGUGAGAGGGCGGACGGCAGACACGCCAAAGUCGCUGCUGUCCCGCUCGCGCUUUGAUCGAUUACGAGAAAACGAUGCCAUACGCACAGCAGAAGAACGAGGCUACCUCCUGUCUCCAAGUAAAUCAUUCGUGUUGGAGCAGUGCCUCGGAAAGUCACAGUCCCAGAGCAGAGAAGAUCGCCAGAAGAUCUAUGAUAUCCAGAUCGUGCGCAUGACGCAGGCACAUCUGCGGAACAUCGGGUACAUCCAGUCCUGCACACGACUGCAGGUCUGCAUCCUCAGUAACAACUACAUCACACGGUUCGACGCCCUGGCUGCCUGCACCAUGCUCGUCAAGCUAGACCUCCAUAGCAACCAGGUGUCGGUGCUGCCGUCUGCCCAGUUCUGGGAGGGGAUGGAGCGACUAAAAGUCCUGUUCCUCCACGACAACCCCAUCGGGCGGCUGGACUGUCUGCACAACCUGGGCAGCUGUCCCAGCCUGGUGGUCCUCACCAUGUACGACACUCCCCUCAGCCUCCGAGCCAGCUACAGACAUCAUGUUGUCAACACCAUCUGGUCACUCAAGGUGCUAGAUAACUACCUCAUCUCUGAUGAAGAGAUUAUUGAGGAUUCUAACUUCGGUGGCAGGUUCUGUACCUUACACCCCUCGCUGUUCAUCAACGUGGGCCCGAACACGCGGCGAGACGCGACCUUGGAGGAGGAGCUGGAGGACGUGAAUGACCUUCUGCAGGCAAUCAACGUGCUGCUGGCGCACUGUUCUCCCGUCCUGGUCAUCCAGCGCUGGGUCAGGGGUCACCUGGGGAGGCAGACGGUCGCCAGGAUGAGAGGACAGCAGCGGAGGCCUACCCCUAAGAAGCCCGAGGCCCAGAAAGAGGCGACACCGCCGCCCCCUACGUCCCCGAUCCCGCAGACGGCCCGCUCCACCACCUCCAACGUGGGUCUGGACUACGACACGUACAUGCAGAACCGGCGCCCCGGCUCCCGCCCGCAGUCACCCAGCGUCGUGUCUGAGAAACAGGCAGUCAUGGAGGGGAAGGUGGACGACAUGAUGAGACUGUCUGCUAUGGACAGAGAAGAGUUCUCUCCACAGAAAGCUCUGCCUCCCCCGGUUCCGACCCCCAUCACGCCUGCUGCCACGCCCACCGGUGACGGUUCCUUCCCUCGCCGCAACCUGCACAUCAACCUGAACAAGCUGCAGGAAGGCAUGCUGCAGACACUGGACCAAAACGAAGCCAUCACCAUCGAGAUCGUCAAGCGGCUGGAGAGCGGGCCGUCCAGUUUAGGACCACCGUCCGAGGGCCAGCGUUCGGGGAGAGACCGUCGGGCGAAGUCGGAGCAGAAGAAGCAGCGGAAGGUUUACAAGACUGUGCAGCAGCUGCUGGGGCCACAACGGGACUUGGACCAGAAGCCGAUCGUGGAGACUCCCGUGGAGGAGAGCGAGGUCCAGGUCCAGUUCCGACUGUCCGGGCUGAAACCCAUGCUACACGCGGCGGAUGCCGUGCAGGAAAUGCUGAUCGCAAAGCGGGAGGGGGCUGAGGACAUUCGGUCUGCGGAGAGGGUGCACAGGGAGUACCUGGCCAGUCAGCCACAGCCAAAACUUCCCCCCAAACAGGUGGUCACGCUGGACCAGAGACUGUUUUCAAAGGCCCAAGGAACCAUGGGUAUGACGUGUUUCAAAGCCGUGCAGCAAGCGUACAAGGACAGGAAACGGGCAGCACAGAUUGCAGAAAAGAUGGAACAGGUUAUGGCAAUAAAGGACCAAAGAGAGCAGGCAAAAAAUCGGGUCCAAGGGUUCAUGCACCAGAAAAGGAACAAUGCACUGAGGAAACGGGAAAAAGACGGUGUGGAGGUGUCUGAAGCUCUGGAAAAGCAUGAGCUCAAACAUAUCAACUACAUAGAGAAGCGAUACGAGACAAGAGGGAAGGCGUUUGAGAGGACAAAAGCACGCUUUGCAGACUUAGCCUUCAUGGCAGACUUUAGCAGUCAACACACAUCUGUCUCAAAUGCCUUGUUGCGUCACGAUCGCCAAACGCGCAAGGAAGAUGACUCCAGCGAGCGGAAGGACAAAUACCGACAAACUCGUGAGCAGUCCCAGGAGCAGAAGGAGCUUGUUCGGAGAUACCUGGAGCACAGACAGCUGAUGCGACAGGCUGAGGUCUCCACAGAACGCAGCGUCCUGGACUCGAAAAUGUUACAAGACGCCAACAACAGACUCAUGGAGGCUCGCGUUCGCGUUGCGCAGCUGAAACAGAGAACGGCGACAGUUCAGGCGUUCUACCCCCUCCCACAGACAGGAUCGCCGAGCUUUGAUGUUCCUGAGAGCAAGUCUCCCCCCCUCCCCCCGGUGGGCAGUGUCGCACGGUCGCCCGACAGCAGCAUCCGGCACCAAAUGAUGGAGGGGAGAAUGCUGACCUUGAACUCAAACUUGAACCAAAGUCAAACUGUAGCUACACAGGUGUGAUCUCUGACAAAAGGUGUUACAGUACACCAGAACAUAUGCCAAAUGCUUUUUAAUUGACUCAGGAUGUUUCUGUUGGAGAUAUGACAAUCUAACUCCAAAGAAUAUGAAGAUCUUAUCUGUAUAUACAUGUAUGUAUUGAAAUGUGUGUCAGAAUUUAAAGAGCAUUGCUGCUUUCUUGGAAAUGUUGCUGCUUUUUACUGAGGACAUUGUACAUUAAAUGGGGUGACGUGUGUGAGUUUAUUUAAUUUACGUGAUGACAGUACAGUUCUGUCACAGUGGGUGUCUUGAAUGUUUGUUUUUGCUGUUGCAUUUUUUUUAUGUUAACGGACAUUCUAAAAUGUAACAUUUAGAACUGUCACUAACAGUAGGGGUCAGGGUAUUUUACCGGAACUGGGAGAUCGUUUACACUUUAUGCUGGGUAAUUCUUUGCUUUGAUGUGUAUUUCAAUGUGUGCAUUUUGGAUGGUAAAAAAUUUGUCUUCCUUUUUUUUGAUAACCAUUAGACCUGAACACUCAGGUUAUAACAAGCCAUCAUUAUUAUGCAGUAUUCAUUUGUAGCCCCAACAUUAGGCAUGGUGUCCAUCAAAAACACAUAUCAUUGUGUAUCAUCAGAGAAUAGCCAACAGGAUAAAAUGUGGAGUUAGUUAAUAAAAAAUAACUAUAAAUGGAUUUUGACCUAAUAAUGCAUCUUGGGGGUAAUGCCAUAUCAAAGUAAACUUAUAGAUAUUUCUUACCUCAUGCACAAAUGUUGAGGAAAUCUCAAUAGAAAAUGCUGCUACAGACUGAGUCCCUGAGGCAUUGUUGACUAUCGGUAAUAAAAACAUCUGA